GAGAUCCAUUUUUCAAAGGCUGCUGCUCAGCUGAGUCAGCAGCUGAUCUGCACCUAUCAGCUGAGUGUGUUUUUAAAUUAGGUAAAACGUGGACGCCACGAGAAUAGAUCAACAAUCAUAUCUUGAAUGGAAUUGCCAAGACAAAGACCCCACCAUGACAUUGGAGCUCUCUUUGCUGACACCCAGGGUUUUCUGCGGGUCAGUGCUCCCAUGGUGCGAUACAGUAAGCUGGAGUUUCGCAGAUUGUUGCGACAGAAUGGAGUCCAAUUGGCGUUUACCCCUAUGAUGAUAGCGGAUUCAAUCAACAACAGCGAGAAGGCUAGACAGAAUGAGUUUACGACUGGCCUCGAUGAUCAACCUCUCAUCGCUCAAUUUGCAGCCAAGGAUGCACUGGAAUUUGUUACAGCGUCACAACUCAUUUAUCCCUAUGUGGAUGGUGUAGAUUUAAAUUGUGGCUGCCCGCAAGGCUGGGCAAUAGCCAAAGGCUAUGGUUGCGGUCUUUUGCGGCAGCCUGAGCAGGUGCGCGACAUUGUUCAAAGUUUGCGGCGCACACUGCCUACAGAUUUCAGCGUAUCGGUGAAAAUGCGUCUCAUGAACAGCAGCGAUAACCAGACAUCAGUGCAUAAGACAAUUCAGCUGGCUCAGCAAUUGGAGCAUUGUGGCGUCACAUUCUUGACGCUGCAUGGACGGACACCCGCACAGAAGCAUUCCAAGGAUACACUUAAUGUGGAGGCCAUGGCCGAAGUCGCCAAAUCUCUGCAAAUUCCACUGAUAGUCAAUGGCAAUGUGGAAAGCUAUCAAGAUGCCUGCAAGCUGCACAAACAAACGCAGGCCGCGGGCGUCAUGGCUGCCCGUGGAUUACUUGCGAAUCCGGCCUUGUUCAACAGUGACUAUCCACUGGCAACUUCAACGCCAAAGGUGUGUGUACAGCAGUGGCUGGACAUCGCCGAGUCUGCGGGUGAUAAUUUGCAUUUCCAGUGCUUUCAUCAUCAUCUGAGUUUUAUGUGGAACAGCGCAAUGAAACGCGCCUUACGCGUUCAAUUCAACAGCCUCUGCAGUAGAGAGCAAGUACUGCAGUUCUUGGCCGAGCACUAUGAUAUCCGGCCUAGCUCUAAUAGCUCAACCUACCAAUAUACAAAUUGUACUUAUACCCACUUCACGCCACCCAAACAUGCUCGCCACCUGGCCGUGGAGGCGGAAGAUAGCGGUUGGGAUGCUAGAAGCGAUGGUAAAUAUUUCACAGACUUCAAAAGUCAGCAAGUCUCCAGCGAAAACGGGGACGAUCUUGAUCUGGGUGGACUAUUCCUAGACGACGAUUGAUGUGUGCUUAAAAUCAGUUAGAUAUAAGUUUGUGUGUAUUUUUGAGGUGGUUUGAGGCGACAGUUACAUGUAAAUAAAUUAAAUGGUAUUUCUUAAAAGUACGUUAAC